AUGAGAAGCAGGCGUGUGCUACCUCAGCUGUCCCCGAACGAGGCCCUUCUGGAGCUCCUGCUCGUGUUGCUGCUGGGGCCACAUGUCUUCGCCGUGUGCCCCUCCAUGUGCUCCUGCGGCCGCAGCCACAGGGAGGUUGACUGCUCGUGGAGGGGCCUGAGGCAGCUUCCCGACGGUCUGCAGCACAACGCGCGCUCCCUCAACUUGUCCCACAACCGACUUCACAACCUGGACGGCCAGCUGACCGCCUACACCCACCUCCGCCUCCUGGACUUGUCUCACAACCGGCUGAGCCACCUGCCCGCCGGCUUGCCCCGCUCCCUCUGGCAGCUGCACGUCGCCUCCAACCGCCUCCAGCUGCUGGACAAGAACGACACGGUCCACCAGUGGAACCUGCGGCUGCUUGACCUCUCCGACAACAAGCUGGAGCGGGCCGUCUUCAUCAACAACACGCUGACCAACCUGUGCACGCUCAACCUGAGCCACAAUCACUUCUGGACUUUGCCCACCAACAUGCCCGUGCACCUGGAGAACAUCGACCUGUCCCACAACUUGCUCGUGAAGAUGCUGCCGGGAUCUCUGGACCAGCUCCUCCGACUAACUCACUUCUAUCUGCACGCCAACCGCUUAUCCACGCUGCCGUUUGGAGUUUUUGACAAGAUGUCCUCUCUUCGGGUCAUCACUCUGGGUGACAACCCAUGGGCCUGUCACCUCGAUGCCGACAUCACCUACUUACUGUCCUGGACGCAGCAUACGCCUGCCCGCGUCCUGGGCUGCCCCUGCCACACCCAGCCUGUCUGCGGAGGGGUGCGCCCUGGCAGGACUGGAGGGUGGCACUUUGGCUCCCACAAUCUGCAGCCCCUUGCAGCGGGUGCCCAGGAUAUGAGCUCCAUGGCCCCUGAGGCCAGCAUCACCGCCUGGUGGCACGUCUCUGGUUCCGCCCCGCACCCCCCCGAAGAAGCCCCGACCACGCAGCACCAACUCCUCGCGGCCACACUCAUCGGCCCCCCAACCCAGCGACCCAGAAGCACGGGCACACGGCUCACUAUGAAUCCCCUUUAUGCCGCCGCGGACCACAUGGUCCACACCGAGUCCGCUGACUCACUCCACGCCAGUGGUGCGUCCUCUUUUCCUGCCACGAGCUUCGUUGCUGAAACCCCCAUCUUGGUUGACAUGACGCUGGCCACAGAGCAGAUCUUUACAACGGAGAGCCCCUCCAUCCAGACGAGGAAGACAACCACUCUUCGCACCAGGAGCGUGAGGAGGAAGAAUCAGUCCGUUCCCAGCGGCAUCAGCAACGGCGGCCCGGCUCCGACGACCCGCUCCUCGCACCUGUACCUACACACCCUCGGGCUUCUGUCCCUCGUGAUGCAACGAGUCCUGUGAGAGACAAACACAUCUGUCAAUUUCAAGCAAAGACAAAUCCAAGUACUGUCAUACUUGUAUGUUUGCCACUUUCCAAGCACAAAGGCUAUUUCUCAGUGUGGUAUGAUGCUACUUUAUAAUAAUAAUGGGCUAAAAAACCAAGAAAGUACCUUUUCUAAUAACACUUUUUACAAGCCUCCUCUCAAAUAAAAAAAUAAAAAAGAGCAUUGUAAUGAAUAAAGCUAAGCACAUGAUGGCACUGUACAUCCAGGUAUCAGUUUCUUAUGAAACUGAAUGAAACCUGCUGCUUAUCUGAAACUACAGUGUACCCUUUUAAUGUCAGUCCAGUACAUAUUAUGACCGAAACAAUAUUGUGUAUCUUUUAUUUUCCCCUUUUUUGUCCUUCUUUAAAAGAAAUGAUGGCUGAAUUUGGCUGAAAUUGCUUUAAUCGUAUUGUGGUCAUAUCUUUGUUAGACUUGAUAUUUUAUUUAGGUAUUUUUACAGGAAUACAACCUUCAAAAGUAAGAAUGCCUGAUAAUAAGAAUAAAACCUAAAUAUAAAUAAAAAUAAAGUAAAAAUUAACCAUGCAUCUGGCUAAGAAGGGCCAUAAGGAAACACAAAAAUAAAAGUGUUGAUCAUAUCUUUUUUUUAUUUGUAUUUAUUGCACUGGGUUAGGUAUGAUGAAAAAUGCAGUUGUUUAGACUAUUUUUUGCCAAUAGAUGUCCUAAAUGCCUGCUCACAUCACUCUCCAGAGAAGUGGUCCUUUCUGGACACAGGGUGUGCGACAAGCGGUCGUGCCACGUGCGUCACAGAGACCAACUGUGGAGCGAAGGCCUUUCAUAGGCGGACAAACGGACAAUGUUGCAUCGCUAUCUUUAACUAACUCUGAGAGCCAAGUACCGCUUCUGUAUUUCUAUCACAUCUCAAACUUAAGUGUCCUUCAUGAUUCAGUGACGCUCAUGAAAAUGAUCUGCAUGGUGUUUGAACGCUCCAGGAAUGCUAACCUACACUGAGAUAUUGCCGCAGAGCAUUAAAGCACAGAAUCCGCUUAAUAAAACUGAUGAGAUA